AUGGGCCUGAUUGAUUUUCUCAAGGAGAUUAUCCGCCCUGGCAAUGGGGUGGAUUAUCCCAAACCGGGCGACAGUGUCACAGUGCACUACCACGGAUAUCUUUACGACCCAACACGAUCGUGGAAUCGAGGAUAUCGAUUCGACAGCAGCAUAAAAAGAGGAUACCCAUUCACCUUUCAAGUGGGCGUGGGACAAGUCAUCAAAGGCGAGUCCAUGAAGACCAUCAGUCUCAUUUCGGCUUUUUACUGA